AUGAAAUUGAAAUCGAUGGAUACCGUGGAAAUGCCCAUUUUCGGGAACACCCUUAAGCUAAUGAAGUUCUGGUCAUAUCUCUUCGUUCACAAUUGGCGUCGAUAUGUCGCCAUGACUCCUUAUAUAGUUAUCAACUGUACUCAGUAUGUGGAUAUAUAUCUGAGCACCGAAUCCUUGGAUUUCAUUAUCCGGAAUGUGUAUUUGGCUGUUCUGUUUACCAACACAGUAGUUAGAGGUGUUUUGUUGUGCGUGCAAAGAUUUAGUUAUGAACGGUUCAUAAACAUGGUGAAAAACUGCUAUAUCGAGUUGUUGGAAUCAGAUGAUCCUUUUAUAUUACUUUUGGUGGAGAAGACCACACGUCAAUCGGUUUUUAUAGGAAGGGUAAACUUGCUUAUGGGCUGUUGCACUUGCAUUGGCUUUGUUACCUAUCCCCUUUUUGGUUCAGAAAGAGUUUUACCAUAUGGCAUGUAUUUGCCCACUAUUGAUGAGUACAAAUACAUUUCACCGUACUAUGAAAUUUUCUUUGUCAUCCAAGGCAUUAUGGCCCCUAUGGGAUGUUGCAUGUACAUUCCUUAUACAAAUAUGGUAGUGACCUUUACCCUUUUUGCCAUACUCAUGUGUAAAGUUCUGCAACAUAAGUUGAGAAGCCUAGAAAAACUGAAAGAUUGUCAAGUUCGCGGGGAAAUAAUUUGGUGCAUAAAAUAUCAAUUGAAAUUGGCAGGACUAGUGGACUCCAUGAAUGCAUUGAAUACCCAUCUGCAUUUGGUGGAGUUCCUCUGCUUUGGGGCCAUGCUGUGUGUUCUUCUAUUCUCGCUGCUGAUUGCUCAAACCAUUGCCCAAACGGUCAUAGUUAUCGCUUAUAUGGUUAUGAUAUUUGCCAACAGUGUGGUUCUCUACUACGUGGCCAAUGAACUAUACUUCCAAAGCUUCGAUAUUGCCAUCGCUGCCUAUGAGAGCAAUUGGAUGGACUUUGAUGUGGACACACAAAAGACUUUGAAGUUUCUCAUAAUGCGUUCACAAAAGCCUUUGGCGAUCCUGGUGGGUGGCACCUAUCCUAUGAACCUAAAAAUGUUGCAGUCCCUGCUAAAUGCCAUUUACUCGUUCUUCACCCUUUUGCGCCGCUUUUACGGCUAA